AUGUUGCAAUCCUUGGCAACAUUCGGCGCUGGCGUUUUCACAGGGCAGAGCCUCCAGACCUGCCAUGCUGCGCUUCCGCAGUGCAGCCUCAGCGAGGACCGUGCCCGACUUCUUCUUCGCUGCCACGGCGCUCACGUGCCGCAACUGCCAGGGCCGGGCGUUUUGUCACGGCAACGGCCGCAGCUCAGCGUCCGCCUCGGUGCGAUCGAGAAGCAGACCGGGCCUGGGGACUACGCAGAUAGCGACAGGCUGUAUGAGACGAAGGGAUCCGACCAUUCCGAACCUGUGGAGUGCAACUGGCGCUUUGGGGACGUGUUGACAUUUCUCGUAACCGCCGAUGACGUGCUCCAGGGAGGAUUACGCUUCAGCUUGCUGUCCAGAACGGAUUUCCGUUUUGGGCCGCUCCAGAUGGAGUUGGCGCAGACCGUGGAGCUUGGAGCGGGAGCCCUGGAUUUGAGGGAUGCUCUGAAAGCUUUGCCACAUGGUCCUCCCCAAGGGAAGACUCGCUUCCGCGAGUCGCCCGUGUUGCAAAUCGCUCUCCUCCAGAUGCAGUCUGGGUGCCCGCUGGACGUGGCUGCAACUGCUUAUGUGUCUCUCACCUACUUUGGGGAUCCCUCGAGGCUCUUGCAAGAAGCCGCGAAGGCCGAGAGACCACUGCUGAAGAGGAUUGCAGAUCCUUGUCUGGAUCCUUGUCGCCACUGCGCAGAUUCAGAUGCAGCUCAACAACACGCCCUACCGAGAACAAGCUUUGCCGAACCGGACUCAGAGCAGCCACCGGACUCCGACUACAACACCUGUGAGGUGCCGUCCUACCUGUACAACAGCUGGUCUCCAGAAGCCCGGUGCCCAUCAGAGUCACCGUCUGGAUGUCGGGUUUCUCCAGAUCCGUGGACACCACAGCAAUCGGCACCGCGGUCUGGGCACUUUGCGUGGCCAGGAGCCCCGCGGAGCCGCGAUGCCGAGGCACUCUGCACCACCGGGUUGAGAGGCGUCGCCGACGUCGGCAAACAAGGUGUUCAGAGGAGAGAUGGCCCGCUGGGGCCUUCGACUUCGCUGCCGCAACCCCUCGUUGUGAAACUCCGGCUGCAGCAGCCGGUGCCUUCUUCGCAGGUUGAGUCUGCUGAGGGCCUCCCGACAUGA